CUUCUUGAUGGCACCGUGGUAGCAUCGGCUGUGGCAAGCCCUGUUUUGUGGCAGAAGGACUGUGUGAAGGGCCCGGAGGUAUGGUGUCAGAGUGUUCGGACAGCAUCGCAGUGCGGAGCGGUGAAACACUGCCAGCAGAAUGUCUGGAACAAGCCUACUGUAAACAGUAUUCCCUGUGACUUGUGUAAGGAACUUGUGACGGUGGCUGGCAGGGUUUUGAAGGAUAAUGGCACAGAGGAUGAGAUCCGUUCUUACUUGGAAAAGACGUGCGAGUUUCUUCCUGACCAAGAGCUGGUCUCUGAGUGCAAAGAAAUUGUGGAUUCCUACCUACCAGUUGUCAUGGAUAUGAUUAAAGAAGAACUAGAUAAACCUGAAGUUGUAUGUAGUGCCCUCUCACUGUGCCAGUCCCUUCAGAAGCACCUUGCAGCAAUGAAACUUCAGAAACAACUCCAGUCCAAUAAGAUACCAGAGCUGGACUUCUCUGAGCUGGCGUCCCCAUUCAUGGCUAAUGUGCCUCUUCUCCUUUACCCUCAGGACAAACCCAAGCAGAAGUCUAAGGGAAGUGGGGAGGUAUGCCAGGAUUGCAUUCAGCUGGUUACUGAUGUUCAGGAAGCUGUGAGGACAAACUCAUCUUUUGUAAAGUCUUUGGUUGCUCAUGCCAAGGAGGAGUGUGACCGUUUGGGACCUGGAAUGUCUGAUAUGUGCAAGAACUAUAUCUCUGAAUAUUCUGACUUGGCUAUCCAAAUGAUGAUGCACAUGAAGGAUCAGCAACCGAAGGACAUCUGUGCCAUGGUUGGGUUCUGUCCUUCUGUGAAAUCUGUUCCUCUCCAGACUCUGGUGCCAGCUCAGGUGGUUCAUGAAGUGAAAAUGGAAACUGUGGAGAAAGCCCCAGUUCAAGAGAAAACUUUUUCCUUGUGUGAAAUAUGUGAGACCAUGGUAAAAGAAGUGACUGGCCUUUUGGAGAGCAACAAGACAGAGGAGGAGAUUGUGCAUGAAAUGGAGGUGGUCUGCUACCUGUUUCCAGCAAGUGUCAAAGACCAGUGUAAGGACUUCAUAGAUGUCUAUGGCCAGGCUCUGAUUGACAUGCUCUUGGAGGCAACGAAUCCUGAAGCUGUGUGUGUUAUGCUGAAAUGCUGUGCGACCAACAAGCCUCCACAGCAGCCAGUUUUAGUGAAACCUGCAGGUGGCUUCUGUGAUAUCUGCAAGAUGGUGGUAGCUUAUGCGGACAAAGAACUAGAGAAGAAUGCCACGACAGCUGAAAUUGAAGCUUUACUGGAAAAAGUCUGUCACUUCCUGCCAGAGUCUGUCAGUGAUCAGUGUGUUCAGUUUGUGGAACAGUAUGAACCUGUGGUUGUGCAACUCUUGGCAGAGAUGAUGGAUCCCACUUUUGUUUGCACCAAACUUGGAGUCUGUGGAUCAGCUAAACAGCCUCUCCUGGGGGAUGACGCUUGUGUCUGGGGUCCAGGCUACUGGUGUAAGAACAUGGAGACUGCUGCUCAGUGCAACGCUGUUGAUCACUGCAAACGUCAUGUGUGGAACUAGAAGAAGAAUUUCCAGUUCUGAAAAUUUGCCAUGGCUCUUAAUGUGGGCCAAGGUUGGCGGAGAGCUGUAUCUCAAAUGUCCCUCCUCUCUGCCUCAUUAACAAUUUGACCUUCAAGUUCCUUUAUUGUAACUCUUCUGUAGCAAUGCUGCUGUUGAAGGAUCAGAUCUUCAUUGUUGACUUAACAGAGAUAUUUCUGAUUGUACAGUUUAACUCAUUAUGCUCCUAAAAAUAGUCAGUGUGUUGUAGAUUUUUUUAAUUGAUAGGCUGAAGUGUUUUUUAGGUGCUGGGAAGAAUGGCAGAGAAGGUGAAAUGAGACAACUAUUAUCUUUUAAUUUAAAAAAAGAACAAGAUAAUGACUAAACUUUCAAAUGUCUUUCUGUAGUCAGCAUUGGGAGGAUUACAUGCUUUGCAUUUUUAACAUCUGGCUGGAAUAUUAAUUUUCUGUGUAACUGUAGGGGAACUCUAAGAGAUAAUGUUGAAUCUGGGAAUCCCUUCGGCUGGAAUUUUCAAAGCUCUGCAGAUGCAGAGGAGGGGCCUUUGUGUGCCCAGAUACCUUUCAAAUUAACUGGUACCUAAAAAGAUGCAUUUGCAUUCAAGUGACCAUGUUUUUGCAUUUGGGUGACCAUGCUUACAGCUCAUGGUGUUAUCAUAGCUAAGGAAACCCUCCCUCAGCCUUUGAUCAUGUCCUUUUUAUUUCCUCAGACUAUUUGGUCUGAGCAUGGGUGUUCUACUGUCAAGCCCUUUACAGUGGGAUUUCUGUCUUCUGAAGCAUGCUGAUGUCCUUAAGGAAUGGCUCCUUUUUUUCUUCUUACCCCUAGUUGCUCAAUUCUGCUUAGUCUUGCAGCUUCCUACAUGCAGCCAAGCAGGUGCCAAGGAGGUGGAGUGAGCUGGGUUGGUAGAAGAUAGAGGGGAAAAAGUCAUCAGGAGCUGUGCAUAUGUCAAAGUGAGUUCAGUAUAGAGGGCAGAAUGCAUGGAAAAAUAAUUUUUAUUGUAAACUGCCCUUUGUUUCUUGAUCUUUUUUCCUUGCGUGGCAUAUUUCAGUCAUCUAAAACUUCAGAGGUGCUAUGAGACUUGUGGGGAGUUUCUGUUCACACCACCCGUUCUCACUGACGCUCAAACCAUUUGAGUAGUUUGAAGUUUUUUUUUUCCAGAGUUCCCAUUUCUGUUGGGAAAUGAGUCUGAGUAGCACGCGGAGGUGGCAGAUGGUGAGAGCUCUGCAGUGGGUAUUUGGCAGCUCUGCUGGUGUACCUGACAACCUGCCUUUCAUGUCCUUGCAGCAUCCUGCUGAAACGGCCUGAACUUCUCAACAAAAAAGCCUUUCAGGGCAGGCUGCUGCCCUGGAAACAAGUCAGGCCCUUGAGGUUAGGGUCCUUGAGAACGAGAAUCCUGCUUAUGUUGCUUGAGACAGACCUUGCAUCCCCUACCAGCAAUUAGUGUGUAGUUCUGAUCAAGUUAACCCCCAAAAUGGAGGCACCAGAGUAGCUCUGAGGAGACCUUUGGGAAGGAGGAGCUGGGCAGAGGUGGAGCUUUGAAAAUUCCAGUCCUGUUCAGAAAGGUGCCAGCAACUGCUACUGUUCCUGUGAUGUCUCGGGCGAGGCGGGAGCUCGAGUAACAACGCUUUAGCAGCAAGCAAAGUAAUUUUCAUACAGUUCAAUGGAAAACCACUCGACUGCAGCUUUUUAGCUAUUUACGUGUACAUACUAAAUGUCUGGGCACUGUUGACAGAUAGCAAUACCGGUUUGUCUUUCCCAUUUGCAUUUGUACAGAACACUGAAACACUCGUGGCUUAAAAAAAGAAAAACAGUUUCUCCUAAAGAUGUAAAAUACCUGCAGCUUUGUCUUGACAGGCUUGUGCAGUGGCUCCAGCAGUGUAUCCCUGUUGGGGUAGGUAGGAAGGAAGUGGGCUCCCUUCAGCAUUGCUGCCCUGGAGGUACAGGUUGUGUUACAGGCGUGUGGUCUGGUAUUUGAUUUUUUUUUUUUUUUUUAAACUGAAUGGUGUUCUCUUAACAUGAUUUUUUUUGGGGGGGUGGGGGGAGGUGGGAAUGGAUUGACACUUGGUCUUAAGGUUGGCAAGGUUUUAAUUUUCUUGGGGUUUUAGUAGUGAAGGAUUCAUGCUAGCGAGCUGUCGGGCGGGGUGAACCAGGGGAAAUCCUGUGCUAGCGCUGGGAAGUUUUCUCCCUUCCUGUGGACCGUGGCACCUGACCCGCUUGAGUUACGCUGGGGGGACACACGUGCAGUUGCUUUCUAAAGAACAUUGUCUUGAUUUUGCACAAAAGCUUCCUUAAUGAACAAUAAAAACUUCUGUAAACCAUAA